AUGACGAAUGGAAUUUGGUCAGAAGACGAGCACGACCACUUCCUUCUCGCCAUCAAGCAGUAUCCCCAUGGACCAUGGGCGGCUAUCGCACAGGCCGUCGGCACUCGGUCCGUUCGGCAGGUGCGGACCCACACGCAGAAGUACUACGAGAAGAUCAUGCGCCGCGUUCGUGGGCUUCGCAAGGACCGCAAGACGUGGGCGCGCGUCGAGCACCGUAUCAGUAGUGGGUCGCGGCACAUUACGCCGGCAGUUUUUUAUUUUCCCCAUUUCUUACCGUAA